AUGAUCUGGAACAAGCGAAAUCUCCUCAUUCAAGUCCGCAGUCCAUUACUCGUGCGAGAUAUAUGUCACAUAUUUCAGGAUUCGUACAACUGCUACGUCGUCAUGGACCUGCGGCUUGGUGGAGAUCUCAAAUACCAUCUCAAAUUCACACACAAAGAUGGUUUUCCAGGGACAGAGGCGAGGUGCUACACAGCCGAAGUAUUGUUGUCGCUGGCAUAUCUCCACUACCCUCGCCUAACGGACUUGGGCAUCUCGGUACCGAGAGCCAACAUACGACUUCAAAGUCGUAGUGGCACUGUCGCGUACAUGGCUCCAGAGAUCUUCCGAGGCUCUACUGACCACGGAAUACCGUCAGAUUUGUUCAUUUUGGGUGUGUUGACAUUCGAGUUGCUGUUCAGACGACGGCCUUGGAGCGUGCGCUCGCACCUCGAAAAGUGUCCAAAUGCGAUCAAGGGGUUUCACGACAAAUAUUACCCGAUAGAACUCUUGGAUAGCACAACUGGUACUAAGGCCAAGCUGUCACAAAGUUGUCGAUCGUUUCUGCUGGGACUGUUAUCUAGCACUCUCUCGCCACCCUUUGUCCCGGUGGUAGAUGAAAAAAAAACCACCUGCGAUACAGCUGCCCAAGACUUUGAUGACGUCCUCAGUUUAAACUCCCUUGGAGAGCGAAUAUCAGCUGAAGAUCAGGAGAAAUUCCAGGAGUUCGAGUUCAACGUCGGUGCCAAUAACCCUGUAGCUAUAUAA